UAAAACUAGCAGUGGAAGCAUAAAAUAUAAUAGUAACAAGAAAAUAACACUCAAACAAACAAAAGCACAAGAUCAGAAUCAAUCUACAGGAGUUGCCGAUCCAAAGGCCUGGCUCAGGAGUGAUCCUGUGCCACCUGUACCAUCAAGAUCAAGAUCAAGAUAAUCAAGGUCACAAGAAGAGGAAGAGUGUUUGUUGAUCUUUCUGUCUUUAAAUUUUUACAUCAUUAUAUUAAACAUUCCCAUCCUAACACUCGUCCUCGCCCUCAGUGUUGCUAAUUGGUGUGUAUCACCUUGAACUCUAAUGAAAGAUCAGAACAGCAUGUCGCAGAGCCCCACAGACACAAAGGCGGACCCCACAGAGACAAAGACAGACCCACCAGAUUCCGAGGACUUUACCUUUGGAGACUGGACAGUAAGAGUCACCAAGAGUCACAUCAUGGGGUCCCAGUGUGAGGCGGAGGAGACCUGCACUGCUGACACCACACCUGAACAUCUGUGUAACUUUUGCAGGUACGAGAGAGAGCUGUCCCUUCCCUCACUGCCAGACAUGGUGUUUGCUGACAACAUACUGCAGCUGCGGCACAGAGAGGGCGGCACCAUCACCUUCUGUGCCCUCGAUGCCCUGCGCUGCGUCAACCCCAAGGAGAGCUCUCUGCAGGUGGCUCAUGCUGCGGUCUGGCGGGAGGCACGGGCAGACUGUCAGGGGGCGCAGAAGGUAGUUGAGCCAUACGACUGGACCUACACCACAAAUUUCCGAGGGACGCUGGCCGGGGCGCUGAGAACAGAGGCCACCACAGAGCGAAUUGACCUGGAUAAGCUGAAAGUGAGGGAGGAAAUUAAAUUCUACUCGGAAGUUUACCUGUACGAUGACGAGCUUGACGACAAUGGCUGCACCAGGUGUGUGGCGAAAGUGAGAGUGAUGCCGAGUGGGAUCUUUGUGGUGUUCCGUCACUACCUGCGGGUGGACCAGGUGUUGGUGCGGAUCAAUGACACACGCCUAUACUCUCCUGCUGGGGCGUCACAUUUCCUCAGAGAGAGCUCCACGCGGCAGGCAGCUAUCAGUGACCUCAGGGUCCCAGCGUCGGUGUACACUAACCCUGAUAUAGUCUGGCAGCACCUCCCUGUAGUGGAAGAGACUGUGGACAAGAUAUGUGCUGCUGGAUCUGCCUCUGUGUGAUCUUCUGGUGUUUGUCUGGCCUCCCCAUCGCAGCUCAGCGCUCAGAGAAGUCAGUGUUGUGUGCUGUCGUGGUGUGUUGGGUUAUGGAGUCUGUGUUAUUUUGGUUCAGAGAAAGAGAUUGAGGUUAUUUUUUUUUAUUUUGGGAGUGAAAGGUUAGUAAUCUAUUUCUCCUUUUCCUCCUUCUCCACUUCUUUCUCCUUCUCCUGUGUUCUGUUUUCAGGCUUGUGUUAUUUUAGUACAAAGAAAGAAAAAUUGAAGUUGUUUCUUGCAUUGGGAAAGAGAGAGAGAAGUUAGUGAUCUGUUUCUGCUCUUCCUCUUCUUUCUCCUCCUCCAGUCUUGAGAGAAAUUAAGUUCGUAAUCUGUUUCUCCUCUUCCUUUUCUUCUUUCUCCUCCAGCCUUGUGUUAUUUUAGUAUAGAGAGAAAGAUUGAGGUUGCUUCUUGCAUUGGAAGAGAGAGAGAGAGAGAGAGAGAGAGAGGUUAGUGAUCUUUUCUCCUCCUCCCUUUCCUUUUUCUCCUUCUUUUAAGUCUUUCACUACACAGAGAAGAAAUAGUGUUUGUUUCUUGCACACAGGAAAAGAGAUAGAAGUUGAAAUAUGUUAGUAAACUUUUCCUUGUAUUUUUUUAGUGUCUUCUGAUCUUACUUUCUCUAUAAUUGUCAAGCUCUUUUUAAGCAACACAAAGAAGAAUUAUAACUUAUUUUUCACGCUGGUUCAAUUCAACGAGAGUAGAAAUGAACCUUGCUCUCUGUCCAUUUGUCACUAACAUCCGAGAACUUGUAUGAGGCAACAAAUAAAGUCCUAAUACUGCUGCUA